AUGGGAUCUUCAAAUGGGAGUGAUUAUUUCGAAUCGUAUAGUAAUUUUGGGCGGCAAUCUAAUGCAGAUUCAGACGAAGAUGAGUUAAUGUGGGCAGCUUUAGAGAAGUUGCCAUCGGAGAAGCGUACAAACUUCGCGUUGUUAAAACGCACGGAUACGGUCGAUGUCACAAAGCUUGAUCGACUCACUCGACAACUUCUUGUCAACAAUGCACUUGCUACUUCAGAACAAGAUAAUUACAAGCUCCUCUAUUCCAUCAAACAACGCUUUGAUAGGGUGGGAUUGGAGAUUCCUAAAGUUGAAGUGCGAUAUGAAAAUUUAACCAUAUCAACAAAUGUGAAAGUAGGUUCAAGAGCAUUGCCUACAUUAUUAAAUUUUGGUUAUGAUGUAAUCGAGAAUAUAUUAGCUGGAUUAAGGAUAUUCAAACCAAGGAGACAUCCCCUUACAAUUUUGAACAAUGUUACUGGCAUUGUAAAACCUGGAAGGAUGACUCUGCUACUAGGACCUCCAGGUUCUGGUAAAUCCACAUUGCUUUUAGCUCUUUCUGGAAAGCUUGACAAUGGACUGAAGCGAACUGGCAAUAUUACGUAUAAUGGACAUAAAGAGGAUGAGUUUUGUGUGCAAAGAACUUGUGCUUACAUAAGUCAAAUAGACAAUCAUAUUGCAGAGCUAACUGUAAGAGAAACUUUAGAUUUCGCAGCGAGAUGCCAAGGUGCAAGUCAUAGUUUUGGAGACUAUAUGAAAGACCUUGAUCAUUUAGAGAAGGAAAGAAAGAUACGCCCAAAGUUUGAGAUAGAUGCGUAUAUGAAGGCAUCUUCUGUUGGUGGUACAAAGCACAAUGUGUCCACAGAAUAUGUCAUGAAAGUUCUUGGUCUUGAUAUAUGUUCAGAUACAAUAGUUGGUAAUGACAUGAUGAGAGGAAUUUCAGGUGGACAAAGGAAGAGAGUUACAACAGGAGAAAUGAUUGUUGGACCCAGGAAAACACUAUUCAUGGAUGAAAUUUCUACUGGACUUGACAGUUCUACAACUUUCCAAAUAGUCAAAUGCAUAAGAAAUUUUGUUAAUUUAAUGGAAGGAACUGUGAUGAUGGCUCUUCUUCAACCUGCAUCAGAGACUUUUGAGUUAUUUGAUGAUCUGGUGUUACUAUCUGAUGGAUAUGUUGUAUACCAUGGACCUCGAGCAGAUGUUAUUCCAUUUUUUGAGUCAUUAGGAUUUCAAUUGCCAUCUCGUAAGGGCGUUGCUGAUUUUCUUCAAGAGGUUACCUCCAGAAAAGAUCAGGCACAAUACUGGGCUGAUACUUCCAGACCAUAUGAGUUCAUUCCCGCUGAGGAAAUUGCUGAAGCUUUUAGAAAUUCCGGAUAUUUUCAGGAUCUAAAGUCAUCUCUUUCGGUUCCAUACGAUAGAUCCAAGAGCCAUCAUUUGGCUUUAUCUAAGACAAAGUUUGCUGAAUCCAGAUUGGAGCUCCUUAAGAGUUGUUUUUCAAGAGAAAUGCUUCUAAUGAGUAGGAAUAGUUUUCUAUACAUCUUCAAAACAUGUCAGGUUGCAUUUAUGGGAUUUGUAACAUGCACGCUGUUUCUAAGAACGCGGUUACAUCCCACUGAUCUGGUGAAUGGGAACUUGUAUCUUUCUUGCUUAUUUUUUGGCUUGGUGCAUAUCAUGUUCAACGGUAGAUCAGAACUCCCUCUCUUAAUAUUUCGCCUCCCAGUAUUCUAUAAGCAAAGAGAUAAUUUCUUCUAUCCUGCGUGGGCGUGGUCCUUCAGUAGUUGGAUUCUGCAGUUACCUUACUCCAUAAUUGAAGCUGUUGUAUGGUCUUGUGUUGUAUAUUGGACUGUAGGUUUUGCACCUGGUGCUGGGAGAUUUUUCCGUUACAUGUUUUUACUAUUUUCAGUACACCAAAUGGGGAUGGGUCUCUUUAGAUCCAUAGCUUCUAUUUCACGAGAUAUAAUUAUCGCAAAUACAUAUGGAUCAGCUGCUCUGCUAAUCACAUUUUCACUGGGUGGUUUUAUCUUGCCAAAAGAAAUGAUCAAGCCAUGGUGGGUAUGGGCCUUUUGGGUGUCACCAUUGUCCUACGGACAGCGAGCUAUUUCAGUUAAUGAAUUUACUGCCACAAGAUGGAUGGAGAAGACAACAAGUGGAAAUGUUACCCUUGGUUACGCUGUUCUGCAAUCCCAUAGUAUACCAACAUCUGGUUACUGGUACUGGCUUGGAGUAGGAGUUCUAUUGCUCUAUGCUUUGCUUUUCAACGUUAUUCUGACUGUAGCCUUGUCUUUCCUCAACCCACUAAGAAAAUUGCAGGCAAUUAUCCCAGCUGAUUCCAGUGGUGUAAAUUCAGUUAGUGAUGGACCUGGCCAGGGGGUGAGUACAACGAAAGGAAUAAUCUUCCCUUUCCAACCACUAACGAUGACUUUCCAUAAUGUCAACUACUUUGUUGACAUGCCAAAGGAAAUGAGUUCAGAAGGAAUACCUGAUAAAAAGUUGCAGCUACUGUCAAAUGUAAGUGGAGUAUUCUCACCUGGCGUUCUAACUGCAUUGGUUGGUUCAAGUGGAGCGGGCAAAACCACAUUGAUGGAUUGCCUAGCUGGUAGGAAAACUUCUGGACAUAUAGAGGGUGAUAUUAGGAUAUCAGGCUACCCUAAAAUACAAGAGACAUUUGCAAGAAUUUCAGGAUAUGUUGAACAGAAUGAUAUACAUUCUCCUCAAGUGACAGUUUUUGAAUCCUUGUGGUUUUCUUCUUAUCUCCGGCUCCCCAAAAACGUGAAUGAAAAACAAAGACAGGAGUUUGUUGAAGAACUAAUAGAGUUAGUGGAACUUGACUCUCUAAGGCAUGCUUUGGUUGGCUUGCCUGGCCGUUCUGGCUUAUCAACCGAACAAAGAAAACGUUUGACAAUUGCAGUAGAACUUGUGGCAAACCCAUCCAUAAUUUUUAUGGAUGAACCUACGUCUGGGCUUGAUGCACGAGCUGCAGCCAUUGUAAUGAGAACUGUUCGUAAUACGGUAGAUACUGGACGAACAGUGGUCUGCACAAUUCACCAGCCAAGUAUUGAAAUUUUUGAAGCAUUUGACGAGCUUCUUCUAAUGAAACGCGGGGGACAAGUGAUAUACGGAGGAAAGCUUGGGGAGAAGACACAAAUUAUGAUUAACUAUUUUCAGGGUAUUCACGGUAUACCCCCAAUUCCUAGCGGUUAUAAUCCUGCAACCUGGAUGCUUGAGAUAAGUACAUCAGCUGCUGAAGCGAAACUUGGAGAAGAUUUUGCAACAAUAUACAGAAAUUCUGAACAGUACAGGCAAGUUGACGCCUUAAUUAAGCGUCUGAGCGUCCCACCUGAAAACUCAGAACCUAUGGGCUUCACUUCCAAAUAUAGUCAAGGUGCAGUGUCUCAGUUUAAGAUCUGCCUGUGGAAGCAAAAUCUUGUAUACUGGAGAAAUCCGUCAUAUAAUUUCAUGAGGUUGUUCUUCACAACAAUGUGUGCAUUGAUUCUUGGUUCCGUAUUUUGGGAUGUUGGUUCAAAAAGGGACUCAACUCAAAAUUUGUUUGUGGUAAUGGCGGCUCUUUAUGCUUCGGUCUUGUUUCUGGGGGUCAAUAAUGCUUCUUCUGUACAGCCAGUUGUUUCCAUUGAAAGAACUGUUUUCUAUAGGGAAAAAGCUGCAGGAAUGUAUUCCUCGCUACCAUAUGCAGCAGCUCAGGGUCUUAUUGAGAUUCCAUAUGUCAUGAUCCAGACCAUCAUUUACGGAAUCAUUACAUAUUUCAUGAUCAACUUUGGAAGGGAAGCAGGCAAAUUUUUCCUCUACAUACUAUUCAUGUUUCUUACAUUCAUGUAUUUCACCUUUUCUGGUAUGAUGAUUGUUGGUCUUACACCAACUCAACAUUUGGCGGCCAUCAUUUUAUCAGCUAUCACUUCAUUGUGGAACCUCAUGUCUGGUUUUCUAGUUCCAAAACCUAGUAUCCCGGGAUGGUGGAUAUGGUUCUACUACAUCAACCCAGUUGCAUGGACAGUCCGUGGCAUCAUUAGCUCUCAACUUGGUGAUGUGGAAACAAGGAUUACAGGACCUGGAUUUGACGGAACAGUAAAAGACUAUUUGGAAGUCAGACUUGGAUUUGGUCCUGGGAUGAUUUGGUGGUCUGCUGUUAUGCUUACUGGAUUUUGCUUUCUCUUUUUUGCCAUCUAUGCAGCAUCAGUCAAACGUCUUAACUUCCAAAAAAGAUGA